UUUGCAGUUUAUAUAUAUUUUUAUCAUGGAAUUAUCUUGUUAACAUUAUGAGAUUCAAGGACAUUGCUGGCUUACAAAAACGUCAAAACAAAAAAGCGCAAGUGGCCUACUGAGACGCAAUGGAAGAGAAAAUGUUUGAUGAAAAAUUAAUUCGUGAAAUUCAGAAGCGUCAGAGUUUGUACGACAAGACCAAUGAGGAUUACAAUAACUACAAAGUAAAGGAUCAAGCGUGGGAGGACAUUUCAAACCUACUUAAUGCCCCCGUGAUGAAGUGCAAGGCACGAUGGAAAAGCCUGCGGGAACGCUUUGUCCGGGAAGUGAAGCGGAAUCGACGGUUGGGCUAUCCGGAAGACAGCACACGAUGGAAUCACUUCAAGAAGAUGCAUUUCAUCAAAGACUUCAUCUGCCCCCGCAAUAGAUAUCCCAACGACAAUGGACCACAGAGGAUACCCCGAGCCAGGCAGAAUGUUACCCAACUCAGUGACUUUAUGGAAAUUAUGAGUGAUUCAUCCGGAGGGGAAGAGCAUCCAAUUGAACAGCCAUCACAUGUUGAGGUGUCUCCCAGCAAAAGCAGAGAGAGCAGAGAUCUGGAGGAGGAGGAGGAGGAAGAUCCUAUUGGGACAAAUGGCGAGAUUUUUGCUUCACCUUCUCAUGUUGCUGCUGCUGCGGGCCAAAGAGAAAUUCCAAUUCAAUCGCCAACAAUAAGUGCUGCAAAUGCGGGAUUUUUCCUGAUGAUGGAUAAAUUAUUUCAGAAAAUCCCUCCAGAAAAUUUAGUUGAUACCCAAAUGGAAAUUCUCAAUUUUCUGCAUCAGAAAAUGUUCGGAAAGAGAGGAAAAGCUCCCAAAACUGAAGACCCAGACUAUGAAUCUGAUGAAUGAGUUUAAAAUGCACUCAUUUUGUUGCCAAAAAGGUCCUUCAAAAAAUUCCUUUUUAUACCUUAACGUAAUGUAUUGUAAUGAAUAAUUUAAUAAAAUUUUAUAAAAUAAAAC